AUGGCCCCCCGGCGGCCUCGGGGCGCGUGGCUCACGGCGGCCGCCUGCCUCCUCCUCCUGGCCGUCUGCGCGCCCCGCCGUGCCCAAGCCGCCGUACCGGACGACCUGAGCAAUUUUCAGAACGAGUUCGUCUGCAGCGCGGACGUGCGCAUUGUGAGGCCGAGGACGAUCCAAGACGUACAGGCUGCUGUGUCUCUGCAUGACAAAAUAAUGCCGCUUGGAGCUGGGCACUCUUGGAACAAGCCCUUCUUUUGCGCCGGUGGCGCCACCGCCGCAGCAGCAAACAACCAUCAGAGUUCCGCCAACGUCGCAAUGACUACCAUGAGGCCGAUGACCAUCACGGUGGACGAACAGGAAGAGACCGCAUGGAUCGACGCCGGCAUCCUGGUCGUGGACGCUCUGACCUAUCUUUCUAAUUACGUCACAGAAGUGGCUCCCCGGGGAUGGACGCUUGCUUCGUACCCAUUCUGGGUCAAGCAGACUGUGGCAGGGGCCAUUGCCACAGGCACGCACGGCAGCACCCUGAAGCACGGGUCCCUGUCGCAGCAGGUGGUGGCCUUGAGAGUCGUGCUGGCCGACGGCUCCUUGGCGGAAUUCAAUCAUCACCACCAUCCCUUCCUGAUGAAGGCGUUUCGUGUGAACAUGGGAAAACUUGGAAUUGUUACCUCCGUGAAAUUCCGAAUCGUUCGAGAGCAGCCAGUCAUCAGGACCGUAUCCAAGGGCAUUCUGCCAUCCGCUUUUCUCCAGUCCUUGAGAGAGGCGCAAGACAUGUUUAACUACAAUGGAGAGGUGCCGAGGUGGAUGAACGAGAGCCAAGUAUUCUGGAUACCACAGCUAAACGAGUUCAUCAGGUACGACUUCGAUAGGGGUGACGACCCCGAUCCCAACAUAAGGGAGCACGUUCUCAGGAACGAGCGUCCGGACAGCACAACUUUGACUGAGGAGGUGUCAUCGGGGGAGGGCAUUGGAUAUUUCCACAAAGUGAAGGGAAUAUUGAGGAACUCUUUGACACAGAUACUCCAGCAGACCAUUGAUGCGAGGAUCAAUUAUCCACUCGUGGGCCCAAGGGCGGUGCGCACUGCCGAUCCACACGAUCCAUUCGGUGUCGCCAAAGGGGUGUUGUGGGAAGAGCCAAGGAAGAAGCAUCCCCAGCCCUACUGGGCGCACGACAUCGGCAAGACCGCCAUGGCGGGCAACGCCCUGGCCCUCCUCACCGCCCUCCCCGGCGGCGCCUUCGAGGCGCACGAGGCGUACCCCACGUACCCCUCCACCGCCGCCCUCGCCCUCGUCGACCACGUCCUCUACGACCAGUACGAGGUGGCCAUCCCCUUCGCCACCAUGGCCGACUGCCUGGCCGGCAUGCUGGAGACGGUGUACGGAGAGGACAUCGAUGGAGUUGACCCCGUGGCGUCCUCGCAAGACAGGGGCUUCCGAACGGCCCCCCUCAUACGGUUCGUCAGCCAGGAGGAGGGCCUUCUGUCCCCCACGAACGACGGACCUCGCAUGUACAUCAACAUGGAGGAUUACAGGUACUACAAUGGUGGCGGACAGAGGAACGAGCCAUUUUUCAGGCUGAUGGCCUUCGUGAGGGGGAGCCCGCUGUGCAACGCGAGGAUGCACUGGGGGAAGGCGGGGUGGCCUGACGCGGGGUGCUUCAGCGGUGCGGAGGAAUACCCGGAGACUUGGUGCGAUUUCGGCUGCGCGGUGCGGGCGCUGGACCCAUGGGGAAAGUUCCAGGACAGCGCGGGCGACCGCUGGAACUGGGAGGGUGCCGACCUGGAGAGGUGCUGCAACGAGGGCGGGUAUGACAGGUCCAUUGAGGGGUGCAACUGCCAGGUGCCGAGGCUGAGGUCUGUGGAAGACUGCCCACCGUCGCCUUUCUACACGGAUCAGUAG